AUGUGUCUGCUUUAUGCUUUCUUUGUUUUGCUCUCUCUUAGCUAUGGUUUCGAUCCUAACUGUCCUGGAAGAUGCAGCUGUGAUUCAGAGCAGUCGGUGCAAUGCUACAGGCUAACGGAGGUGCCGUCAGGUAUUCCUUCCACCACCAAGAAGCUCUACAUCAGUCAUAGCAAAAUUCAGCACCUUCAGCUGUCUAACUUCACCCAAAUGUCAGCUCUAGAAGAUUUUAUUCUGCUGGCCAGUGGAACAGAGUCAGUAGAAAAUGACACUUUCAAGACUCUGAGUACUUUGAAGACCUUGGAACUCUGGAAAAAUAAGUUAAGACGGGUCCCCAGUGCUCUCCCAGCCAGUCUUGAAGUGUUAAAACUAAAUGAUAAUUCAAUAUAUGUCCUUCACGGAUCUGAUUUUGAAGGACUGAAGAAAUUAAAAAUCCUUGAACUGAAAAACAAUCUGAUCUCUUCUCUCUCUCCCAGCAUGCUUUGCUCUCUUGUCAGUUUGCAAAGCUUGGUGUUGGACAGCAACAAUAUCGAGUCUGUGAAUGGACCACUGGCACUUCCCCAUCUGAAACAUCUGAGCAUGGAGAAUAAUAAGCUACAUCUCAUACCAGCUAGCUUCUUCACUUCUCUUCAGUCUUUGCAGUUUCUCAGUUUCAGUAGUAACUUUCUGACUAAAAUUCCUAUUAACCUGCCCAAAUCCUUGCUCUCAUUAAAAAUGGAGAGAAACCGGCUCAAAGUGGUAAGGUUUCGAGAUAUGAAACAUUUGGAGAAUCUUUCCCAUCUUUACCUGUCAGAAAACUCACUCUCUUCCAUCGAUGGGGCACAGCUCCUCGCCAAUUUAACUACCCUUGAGAUGUCCCAAAACCAGCUUCAAACGUUGCCCCUCAGACUACCAGCAAGGCUACAAAAGCUUGAUAUCAGCAACAAUCUGAUUCAGAAAGUUACAGCACAAGACUUCCAGGACCUCCGAGAUUUGAAACAUUUGUUUCUGGACAACAACAUUGUCAGCUUGUUCGAAGCUGGAGCCCUGCAGAGGUGUUCCCAGCUCUCCAACCUGGCCCUGGAGCAGAACCUUCUCUUGUCUAUACCUCUACGGCUCCCGGCAACCUUAGCAAGGCUGGACCUAAAAGGCAACGCCAUCCAGGAUAUUGCUGAGAGGGAGCUCAAGGAUCUGAAGCAGCUUCAGGUUCUAAACCUCAGGAACAACAAGAUCUCUGCCUUAGACCUCAAAGCCUUGGAGGUGUUGCCUCGCCUCAGGCACCUGUAUCUGGAUGGAAAUCCGUGGAAUUGCACCUGCAGUCUCCUGAGAGCCAGGGAGGUCCUGAAGGCCAAGGGCACAGAUGUGAGGGGAGGACAAUGUGCAGCACCAGCUGAACGACAAGGGGAGAGCUGGAUGUCUUCCAAGAAGAUAAUGAGGCAAUGUGAGCAUCACUUGCAUCUGACCGAGAAAAGCAAAGAGACCAAAAAGAAACCAAAGCCUGAAGAGCACUCCAGCAUCAGAAUCAAUGUGGAUGAUGAUUAUUAUGAUUAUGAGAUAGAUUAA